AUGUGGCGAUAUUUUACCUUUUUACGACUCUCUGAACAAAAUUAAGAAAUAGUUUAACGUUCAAAUGAACAAAAACAAGUCUCUUAAUAGAAUAAAUGCGAGCAGAAAUAAAAAAUAAACAUAGUAAAUAAUAUAUUGAUGUAAUUUUUGACAAUAAGCAACUCAUAUUGGUGAAUAUGAAUUACCGCAACCCUGAUUCACCAUAGACAGCCAUGUUACUUUUUGUUAAAAAAUUAAGAUUUCGCUACUUCUAUAUACAUUGAUUUGUUCUUUGUGAUACAAUUGCUGCGUAUUUGGUUGGAUUAAAAUAAUUUUUAAUAUGUUUUGCAAACUAUGCGACAAAUAUUCAGAUGGUUUGCUAGGCAUAUUCAAAGAAGAAGGUGUUGAAAUGGGUAUUGCUGAUAUUAUCGGAUUACACUUUUGGUUUAAGUUACACUCUGAUGAUGACAUAUAUGCAGCGAUAUGCCAAGCUUGCUGGUUAAAAUUAAACGACUUUCACCAAUUUUAUAAAAUGGUAGAGAAGGCUCAUUCAGUACUUGCUGAUAACAGCAUUAAAAAGGAGCCUCUAAGUGAAUUAAUGGACAUUGAAUUUAUUGAUCCUGAUCUAAGUAUUAAAGAAGAACCCGAUGAAAAGACAAAUUCGAAGGCUAAAAAGUCAACAGACAACUCCCAAAUGAUUGUCCGAAAAAGAUYAAAGGUCGAUCAAGUAUUAAAUCAAGUUCGGAAGACAAAGAGAUGGUUAAAAAAUACAUUCCAAUGAUCUGCGAGUUGUGCACAUUUUUCAGCGAGGACUAUUCUUCAGUUAGAAAACACUUCCRAAAACAGCAUCCAAAAAUAARAUCAUACGUAAGAUGUUGCAAUAARAAAUUAUUUCACCCUMUUGAGAUCGUACGUCAUGCGUAUAAACACGACAAYCCUGAAUUCUUUAGGUGUAAAGACUGUAAAAAAAAUUUUGCGGAACAGUCAACACUCUCCCGUCAUAUGAUAACUGCCCAUGCACCAGAGGAGGAACUAAAUUACAAUUGUGACCAAUGUCCUAAGAGAUUUCCUUGCCAAAAGAAACUUGAAAUUCAUAAAAACUCGCAUGUGCCCCAGAACGAGCGAAUAUUCGUUUGUGACCUAUGUCCUAAUAGUCGCUUCGCCAGUAAUGAUCUUUUGAAAAUUCACGUAUGCAUGCGGCACCGUCGACCAACCAAUGUUUGUCAUGUGUGCGCUAAAGAGAUACGGGAUAAAGCAUCAUUUGAAAAGCAUGUGCGAUCGCAUUUCGAUGAUGGUGGUCCAAAGGUAAAAUGCACAUUGGAUGGUUGUGAUCGUUGGCUCAAGGAUGAAGAUAAUCUUCGACGACAUAUACGAAGAUUGCAUACCAAAGAUCAAAAAGCGGUCACAUGUGAUACAUGCGGACGGGAAUGUAAAAAUCAAGAUGCUUUAACAAGACAUAAAUAUCGGGUUCAUUCAAAUAUUGUAUUUACCUGCGAGGAAUGCAAAAAGACUUUUAAGCGAGCGAUUCAUUUGCGGGAACAUAUGGCACAACAUACUGGUGAAAUUCUUUACAAAUGUCCAUUUUGUACGCGUACUUCCAAUUCAAAUGCAAAUAUGCAUUCGCAUAAAAAGAAAAUGCAUCCCCUAGAAUGGGAGAAUUGGAAAAAAACAAAUAAUGGAAGUUCACAGCAGAUAUUGAGUAAUCAACAGGAAAAUACACAAAGCUUGUAUUCAUUAUAUAACAAUUAACACAUAACCAUAGUAAAUGUUUUUGAAUUAAAUAUACACACAUAUGUACAGUUAGUACAAUAGCGCUUGGCUGCGGAUAUUUGAUUAUUAUUAAAUAUGUCUAAUGACUCGACAUUUUAUAUCACAAAUGCGCUCCAGCCAGUUAUUGUGGUGUAAUCGCUAUAUUUUCUAAGAUUUAAGCGCUAAUGUUUUGGCUAGGCUAUUGAGUUUUGAGUUUUAAGGCUUUCAUUUGCAAUAAAUUUGUAUAUUCAGUGGUGACCUUACAAUUAGGAAGGAUAUGCUAGAAAAAAUCGUGCACUGUAAAUUAUGAGUGCCGUUAUUCAUAAUGUACACAAUGAACGAGUUUUGUAAGGUAAAUACAUGACAAUUUACUAAUUGGUUAUUAAAAAAAUCAAAAUUUGCCGGUUUGUGUUUCUUAGCUGGUCAUGCAAUUAGAAACGUGGAGUUUUUAUAAUCUUGCACCCAGUUGCUACAGAGUAUUAUA